UUUUUGGUUAAACUCAUUGGACUGUUGCCGAACAGUCGUAUCCGCCAUAAACACUUCACCAACGCAACACAACAAGCCCGAAUGGAGACUUGAAGCUUAAUCAGACAGAGAUCAUGUCUAAUUUCGUGGAAUUGGGAAGGAGAAGAGGGGAGGGAAAAGACCCAGAUGAAUUUUCGGAGAGCGAGGAGGAUGUCUCCUUAGCCACAGAGCUCCGUCUUGUCCUGAUCGGAAAGACCGGAUCAGGGAAGAGUGCCUCUGGGAACACCAUCCUGGGCCGCAGGCACUUCCUGUCAGAGCUCAGCGCCAGCUCAGUCACCCAAGUCUGUGAACAAGGCAGCGCAGACCUGACUGAGGAGGAGGAGGAAGGACAAGGAGUCAGGAGGAAGAGGACGAAAGUGGUGGUGGUAGACAUGCCAGGCUUUGGAGACACACGCUUCGAUGCUGAGCAGACUCAUUCUGAAAUAGCCAAGUGUGUGGCACUGUCUGCCCCAGGCCCCCAUGCAUUCCUCCUGGUGAUCCCACUGGGUCGCUACACUGAGGAUGAGGACCGAGCCGUGAGGGACAUGGUCCAUAUAUUUGGGGAGGGUGCGAUCCAUGACCACACACUAGUCCUGUUCACUCGUGGUGAUGAUCUAGAAGGGAGGGGGAUGGAGGGGUACCUCGGAGCCAGCGCCCCGGUGGAGCUGAAGGCCCUGAUAGAGAGGUGUGGGGGCAGGUACCACGUCCUCAACAACAGAGACCCAAGUGACCUGCACCAGGUUGUAGGGCUGCUAGAGAAGGUGGAGAUGAUUGUGGAAGAGAACAAUGGAGGCUUCUACACCAACACCAUGUUCAGAGAGGCUGAGGCUGCCAUCAGGGAGGAGCAGGAGAGGAUGGUGAGAGAGAGAGGGGAGGGAGAAGGCAGUGAUAUGACGGACAGGGAGAACAAGAUCGCUAAAAGGCGGAAGUGUGAUCUAGAACGGAGUGGGAGUGGGUGGGAUGAGAGGAGGGGGGCAGCUGUGGGAGUUUCAGGAUUAAGGAAGAGAGACCUGGAGAGAGCAGGAGUAAAUGAGGAGGGAAGGAAGGUGGAGAGGUGGACUGAAGAGAGGAAAGGAAGUGCUGUUAGCCUCCCGUUGGACAGAGGGGACAGGUGGAGGCAGUUGUUCAGGACCAGGCGGCGGGGCAGCGACAGGACCUUGAGCAGGAGGCAGUCUUUCCUCUCUGCCCUGGGGCAGUUCAGGAGGGAGGCCGCCCUUUCUGAGAAGGUCCUAGAGAGAGUGAAGAUCCUGGUGGCUGCUGGAGCCACUGGCAUGGUCGUGGGGGCAGUGUUUGGGGUGGCUGCCCCUCUAGCUGCUACGGCGGGAGCUGCAGCCAUGGGGAACACUGUGGGCUUUGCUGCUGGGCAGCUGGCUGGGAUGUCUGUGGCAGGCGGCACAGGGAUGGGUAAAGCUGUGGGUGCCAUAGUGGCAGCAGCCGCAGGGAAAACAGCCAUGGCUCUCGGGGCAGGGGGCAGCCACCCCAAACACUGCCCCCACGACCAUGCCAGUGGCUCCAGCAGCCACCAGGAUCUUCACUCUCUCUAGGACCUUCUCAGAAAGGGCUGGGGGGAUCUGUGGGCGCCCUAGCUGGGGCGGAAGCUGCCAGUCCUGGGGCAGCUGCCUUGGAUGCUCUAGAGCAGGUGAGCCUGAUUGGGACUGCAGCAGUGGGAGUUGCAGCAGGGGUGGGGGGUGCCAUGGGGGCAGGAGCAGCCCUGGGGGCUGCUCUGGAAGGUGUAGCUGUCAGCACAACUGCCCUUCCUGGGGUGUGCACCGCAGCAGGGGCAGUAGGUGUGGCUAAUGCUACUACAGUAGCAGCUGGGCAGCAAGCAGUGGCCACUGGGGGCAGUGUUGCAGCUGGAGCAGUUCAGUGUGCUGCCGCCACUGUGGCAGAUGGGGUGGCUGUGAGUGGGCCAAUGGUUCAGGCCGGUGGGGUGUGUAGAUCUGCAGGGCAGGUUGUUUCUGGUGCCUGGGGCUCUAUGGGAGCGACAGCGUGCAUUAUGACAGUGGUGGCGGAGAUAGGCAAGGCUGCAGUGGGAAUUGCCCUGGCAGGAGGGCUGGUGGUGAAGGUAGUGAAGGAGAGGGUCAGGAACAGCAACAGCUCAGCAGAUGCCAACUACACAGAGAAGAAGUCCUACGAGAUCUACUGGAACAAAUAAAGGACAGUUAAGCCUGCAACACCACCAGACCACAGAAGAAAAAUACACUCUCAGGACCUUUCAAAAUGUGGAUUCAGGUUCAAUCAUUAAGCAACUUAUCUCAAUUAUCAAUAAAAGCACGUUGCAAGUCUUUGUUCUUUUUACUGGCAGUGGAGGGUGUGAUUUCCUCUAUUCCCUGUUAAUAAACUAUAGCUCUUCUGCA